GGAAGGGAGUCGUGCACGAUCCACAGGGCACCGGAAGUGGGCCGCACAUGGAGCCUCCCGGCGCCGGAAAUGAGAGGGAAGGUACCGGAAGCGGCGGCAGAGGCUGCCUCGUGGAAGAGGCAACAUGGGGCAGUCCGGGCGGUCCCGGUACCAGAAGCGCGCGCGCGCCCAAGCGCAGCUCCGCAACCUCGAGGCCUACGCAGCGCAGCCGCACUCGUUCGUGUUCACCCGAGGCAGCGCGGGCCGCAGCCUCCGGCAGCUCAGCCUGGAUGUGCGGCGGGUCAUGGAGCCACUCACCGCCACCCGCCUGCAGGUUCGAAAGAAAAAUUCACUGAAGGAUUGUGUGGCAGUGGCUGGACCCCUCGGUGUUACCCACUUCCUCAUCUUGAGCAAAACAGAAAGCAGUGUGUACUUGAAGCUGAUGCGCCUCCCUGGAGGCCCCACCUUGACUUUCCAGAUCCACAAGUACACACUGGUCCGGGAUGUGGUCUCCUCCCUGCGUCGGCACCGGAUGCACGAACAGCAGUUUGCCCACCCGCCCCUCCUGGUGCUCAACAGCUUCGGCCCCCAAGGCAUGCACGUAAAACUCAUGGCCACCAUGUUCCAGAACCUGUUCCCUUCCAUCAAUGUGCACAAGGUGAACCUCAACACCAUUAAGCGCUGCCUCCUCAUUAAUUACAACCAUGACUCCCAGGAGCUGGACUUCCGCCACUACAGUAUAAAGGUGGUUCCAGUGGGCGCCAGUCGGGGCAUGAAGAAGCUCCUGCAGGAAAAGUUCCCCAACAUGAGCCGCCUGCAAGACAUCAGUGAGCUGCUGGCCAUGGGGGCAGGGCUGUCUGAGAGCGAGGGUGAACCAGACGGAGAAUACAAUAUCACGAAGCUACCCCAGGCUGUGGCUGGUCGUGGCAACAUGCAGGCCCAGCAGAGUGCCAUCCGGCUGACAGAGAUUGGGCCCCGGAUGACACUGCAGCUCAUUAAGAUCCAGGAGGGCGUCGGGGAUGGCAAUGUCCUGUUCCACAGUUUUGUGCACAAGACAGAGACAGAGCUGCAGGCCAUUCUGGCAGCCAAGGAGAAGAAGCUGCAGUUGAAGGUUCAGCGACAGGACCAGCAAGCUGGGAAUGUGCAGCGCAAACGUGAACAACGAGAGGCACACAAGAAGAAGAGCCUGGCUGGCAUGAAGCGGGCCCGCAAAGAAGCCAAUGGUGACAGUGAUGCAGAGGACCCCGGGACAACCUCAGAGGCGGGGGGAACCAGCCAGCCAGAUGAGGAAGAUGAUGUGGAGUAUUUCCGCCAGGCUGUGGGUGAGGAGCCUGAUGAUGACAUGUUUCCUGUGGCCAAGCGGAGACGGUCUGCAGGCAAGCAUCACAGGAAGGAGCUGAGGUCUGGCCAGGGCCGAGGUGGGAACUGGAGGCCCCCAAAGCUGCAGGGUAGACCCCGAGGAGCUCAGCCCAAACAAGGACCCAGAGCUACAGCCCAAGGACAAAGACAAGGACGGCCGUCCAGAAGAGGAACCUAAGCUGCUGGUCCAACAGGUGACCAUGGACACCCCAGAUUGGGGUCCGGAAGCUGCCCUGGGCUUUCAGGCGCAGCCCGGUUUCCUUUCGUGAAGGAUUUCCUGCCAUUCCCCUAGUAAAUACCAAGUUCUGUGAU